AUGGGAGUUAACCGGCUUUGGGAUGAUGAUGAUUUAAUAAGAGAAACCAAAAGUCUCAGGGAGUUUGCAGCUGACUUUUUAAAGAAAAAUGGUCGUUUGGUCAAGGUAGCAGUUGAUGGUAAUAUCUUGCUCCAUCAAGUCAAGGGUAUUAACAACUUUGGAGGUAACAAAGAAGCUAUCUUUUAUAGAUUAUCAUUCAACAAACUACUAGCAUUCAUUGAAGUCGGAAUUGAAAUUGUGAUAGUCUUUGAUGGGCCAGGAAAGCCAUCAUUUAAGCGCAAUGUUUUGCAUGAUUUCGGAGCCAUGGGCACUGCAAAGGAAGAGUUCAUGUUAACAUCUGUUUGUCGGAAUAUUGGAAUUCCCGUCAUUAAAGCUGCUGGAGAAGGUGAGGCAGAAUGCUCUUGGUUGCAGAUGGAAGGUGAUGUAGACUAUGUCUUCACUGAAGAUAGUGACUGUCUGCUUUUUGGUGCAACUAAGAUUUUGAGAUACAAAACUGCCAAUGAAACAAAUGUGAGACCUGGUCGACUGGGCUCAGGUAUGAUUGAUGAAUCAGAUGAGGAUUACGAUUACGAACUCGAACAAAAUUCUGAUGAGGAUGAUGAGAUUUAUGUGCUUUCUCCACUUGAAGAAGAAGAAGCUGACGAUAAUGAACAAAGGGCACAGAAUAAAGAUGACGUUGAUGAUGAUCAGGCAGAUGCUGAUGAGUCUGAAUCCGAAAAAAUAUUCAAAUCAAAAGCCUCAAGUCAAAAAAAUGGCGUCUUUGAGUUUAGCCAGGAAAGCGAUAUUGAAGUCAUACAUCUAUCAAAGUCCCAUAGAAAGCGAUCUAUUGCUGAUACAGACGACGAUGAGAAUGCAGAGCCCGAAAUGGCGGCCAAUAUUACCAAACGAAAAAGAGCCAAAAACACCACUUCUACAUCUGCUGUAGACAGAAUGAUUGAGGUUAUACAUGUUAAGAAUGAGUCAGAAUAUGACCGACCGCAAUAUAUUCUCAGAGCUUUGCUUCAAGGUGGAGAUUAUGACAGCGGCAUAAAAAGGCUGGGCUACGAGAUUUCCAAACGAAUAAGCUCGAAAAAGACUGGAUUUGCUCAGGAUCUAGCUGAUAUAUAUGGCUGGAAAAUUGAGGAUCGACUUUCCAGGGAUGGCAAAGUAUUGGAUGCUAUUGACUCUGAUAUCAAUCCAAAGCUUAAGCAGUGGCGUGAACGACUAGUAAAGGAAUUGAGCUCGAACGAGUCCAAAUUUCUAAACAAACGCUCAUAUAUUCCAAUUCCUGAGGAUUUCCCACGUAAAGACGUGGUAGAAAAUUAUUUCUACCCUAUUCUACGAGAAAAGGAUGAAUGCUUGCCACAAGUUUUCAUUAGCACUUUCCCGAAUGUCAUGACAUUGUUUGACAACUAUCGGAAGCUGUAUACAGAUGACGCAGCAUCCUACAACAAGUCCUGGAAAAGGUUUGUGGAAAGUAUCGUCUUUCCACUUCUGUCUCUAAGAAUCAAGCUUAAUGAGGAUAAGACAGCGUGGUUUGAAAAAAUCUCUGCACCAAGAAAAACUAAAGAUACAACCCCGAGUCUGGAUCAGUAUAAUGUCACAUUGAAGCAGGAAAGUCUUGGUGAGCUUCUAGGUGUUGACACCAUGUAUCCACAACUCCGUAGAAGGAGCCGGGCCAACAGUUUCAAUUCGUCUGGUUCUCAGGGGUCCAGCCCUACCAAGGCUAUUCCUGAGGUGCUGUCUCCACCAGAGGUUAUAAAGUUUAAAGCUGCAAAACGGGUUUCGACUGUCAUUCUCGACCAGAGUAAUAAUGAUUUGAUUCACAAUUUCACCAAGCCUGCGGUAAAACCACCUGUAACUAUAUCUUUGGUGAGCCCAUUUACGAACCAGCUAGUUACAGUACCUGUCAAAAAGAAGCGGGCUUCUUCUGAGAAGACAAAACGGUCGAAUUCUACAGUGUCGAGAAACUCAAAGUCAAGCGUACCUGCUAAUAAUCGCAUCCUAACUGAUUUCUUUUCUUCUCGAAAGUCUAAAGAACCUGUAUCCAAAGCGCCAACUGGUAAAACCAUCAACCCUGUUUCAACGACAAACAAGCCAAUGGCGUUUAAUGGCCAAUUUUCUGCAGAGAACUCCGAUUUAGCCAGUCUCUUCCAGUUCAGUGACGACGAAGACACCAGCGAUAUACCUCAGGGCACGUCCAAGAAAAAGCUUGCCCUGUAG